AUGUUGCUAAAAUUCAGCUUGCUGUUUUCACUGAUCCUUCAAGUAUGCAUCGGCCUUAAUUUCCAAUGUCGUGAUCAAGAAAACCAAAAUGUGGAUUGGUUCAUAUUUUACAAAAUUGGUCACAUAAAGAAAUCAACCGCAAAGUCUGUUCGUAAUGGUUUUGCUUUCUUGUAUAUGGAUGCAAACCAUCAAGAAUGGUCACUUUCGGCAGUCGAAAUCAGUAAUUUGAAGCAAGCUAUUGGAUAUACGCUCCAGCAAUAUUAUGAUUCUACAAACAAUUCUGAGGUCUUCAAUAUAAUGUAUAACGAUGAAUUUCCAUAUCCCAACAAUGAUACUUUAUCAGGAACUUCGGGACAUACUAAAGGAGUUCUAGUGUUUGGGAAAAGCGAUGGUUUUUGGUUAAUACACAGUGUACCAAAGUUUCCCAGAAACGAUACCUAUGAAUAUCCAAUCACUGGACGUCAUUACGGACAAAUGGGAUUGUGCGUUUCAAUGUCCUAUUCACAACUGCAUAAAAUUGCUAUCCAACUGUACUACAAUCACCUUUUCAUCUAUUCACAAAAACUUCCUGCACAAAUGGCCGAUGAUAUACCUAUUCUUGCGAAAGUGGUGUCAAAAGAAUAUCAGCGUGCUGCUCCGUAUGUUAGUCGUGCUGUGAUUUAUUCUUCUGCAGGCCAUGAAUUUGUUCAUUUCGCGAAAACUCGUGCAUUCAACAAAGACCUUUAUUUCGAUCUCGUAGCACCUGCACUUGAAAGUUCAUUAAAAACAGAAACUUGGCAACAUGAGACCUCGAGAAACAGGAAUCUGCACUCUUGGUGCCGUAAAUACAGUUCUUUUAAGGUUCUAGAUGUGAAAAAAGUUAUUCUGCCUUUUAAUAUCACUUUUCCAAACGCAUUUGAUCAUUCCAAAUUUGCUGUUGCCACAUUGGAUGCCCACAAAGUACUUAUGCCUUGGAUUUGCAUUGGUGAUAUCAAUAGACAGGAAAGCCAGCUUCUCCGUGCAGGUGGUACAAUGUGCUUCGCGAAUUCUCAAGUACAUUCCAUAUAUAAUGCUAUGGUUCCGGAUUAUUGGCCUUGCAUUAACACUGGCUCCUAA